CCGAUUCUCCGAUCCGCCAUUUCUCAUUCUUGUAGUAAAAAUGGUGUAAGAGUUGUACAUGAGUUGUCUUAGAUUUUACGUAGAUAUCUGUGUAAUGAACUAGCUAAAAACUGGUGAAUAGUGGUGUAUGUAUAAAUUUACGUAUUCUGAUUGAACUGGUGAAUGCAGGGAUAUCCAUUCCUGAUCGUAAAUCGGUGAAAACAAGGCGUCAAACUUGUGUCGAAUGCCGACAUUGUUCCUGCAAAAAAUGUGUUGGUGAGAAUUAAGGGAUCAGAAUGGCGACGGAGCCAAUAAAUUCGCAAUUGCUGGCGAAGUCCUUCAAUUUCCAUGGUCAGCAACUGCAAAAAUUAUGGGAGGGCGAAUUUGGAGAAACGGACCUCGUCCGCAGAAAUGUGAAAGACUUGAAUUUCCAAGUGUAUGGCCAGCGCCAGAAACAUCUGCCGUUUCAAGAUCGGGGAAAGCGAUUGAAACUCCAGCAGUUCAUUAUAAAGAAAGCCAAUGCAAUUUUUGGCCUGGAGGCCACCCAGCUGAAAAAUGCAGACAAAGUUGUUACAGAAGAUAUGUAUGCCAUCAUGCCCCCAUUUGAGAUAUACAGUAGUGUUGAUAAGCAAAAGAGAUUACAAUUUUUCAUGAAGAAUGUUAAGGUUGGGGACUUGAUUUUGGGAACCAUUGUUAGUAAACAGACAUCAGGGAUGAUGUUGAAAGUUUUGUGCACUGCUGGGGUAGGAGCUAAUGUUCUUUAUGCUGCUGAUAUCAAUGUCAAGGCAUUUUGUCCAGUAGCCAAUAUUGUACCUGCUGUUGACAAAAAGGGGGUCACUCGUAGUUACAUGAUGAAUGACUAUGUCUGCUGUGAAGUUCUGGAAAUCAUAACUGAUACUGAUAAAGUUGUGUGCGGUAUGAAGGGUGCUAUGAGAAAACCUACAGAUCCAGAACAGCGUCCUCCAUUAGGACUUAUUAGUACUGAUGAUUUUCCCAUAGUUUACAAAAAAGCCCUGGAUUACAAGAAUGAAAGUUACGACAGUGUGUUAGAGAAGAGCGUCGGAUUCAAUAAUCCCAAUAACAUACAAUAUUUGUCUGAACUCAUGGAUGUUAACAGUCACUUCAGCUUAAUGUCCGGGCUAAGAUACAAAUACCCGGAGAACGAGUGUGCAGCCGACCUCCGCCAAGUGCAGGCCAGCAAAUGGGCCUAUCGCAACGUGGCCGACGGCAUCGAUCACUUCAAGGCCGGCAAGCACGUGGAGGCGUUCCAGUGCCUCAACAAGGCGCUCAACAUCGAUCCGAAGAACGUGGAGGGACUGGUGGCGCGCGGAGCGCUGUACGCCAACAGCGGCAAUUUCCAGAAGGCCAUCGAGGAUUUCGAGACGGCGUUGAAAUUGAAUCCGAACCACGCCAAUGCGCGGAAGUAUAUGGGGGAGACGCUGGUGGCGUUGGGGAGGAGCUACGAGGAGGAGAACAAGCUGGAGGAAGCUAGGAAGGCCUACCAAAGUUGCCUCACCAUCAUCCCCUACCACGAGGAGGCGCAAAACUCCUUGGAAUUCCUCAAAAACAAAACGCAAACGAAAAACCUGAUCGAACCCACCGAACUUUUGUUGCCCGCCCUGAACGUGCCCGUGGGCAGUAAACCGCCCGACGUGAACGACGCGCUGAAGCAGCUGCUGAAGACCGAGGAGGAGGAGAAGAAGGACGGCAAAAAGAAGAAGAAGAAGAGCAAGAAGCGGAAGAACCGGAAGCAUUCGAGCUCGAGUAGCAGUUCGAGUUCGUCGGGCAGCGGGGAUUCGAGCAGCAGCGAUUCGAGUUCCAGUAGCGAUUCGAGUUCCUCGUCAGGCGAUUCUGACUUCAAGAAGCGCAAGAAACACCGCUCGCGCUCGCACAGGCGCAAAGAGCGCGAGAACUCGCUGAGUCCGCUCAGCAAGCGGAUGGCCUUGAUGGACCAGUCGCACGACACGCCCACCACCAACUUCAACUUCAAUAAGCCGGCGGUCGCUGCCGCCGCCGCCUUCGACUUCAGCUUCGAGCAGCCGGAGGCGCCGAAACCUGUGGAGACCGACUAUGAGGCGAAGGUGAGGGCGUUCUUGUCGGAGACGAAGGGCGAUGCCGAUUACGAGGACAAGGUCCGCAAAUUUUUGGAGGAAAGCGCCAAAUGGAAAAAAGGCAAGGCCGUAGUCGGAGGCGGCGGCGACGACGCCAACAAAAGCAAGAAGAAGAAGAAAAAAGAGAAAAAGUCGAAGAAGGACAGCAAGAAGAAAAAGAAGAAGGACAAACUGAAGAGGAAGCAGAGCUUGGACCUGAGCGAGUUGGACGAUCACAAGAAGUUGCGCGACGCCAUCAAGAAGGAAUUGAGCAAGGAGAAGAAGUCGAAAAGACAUAGCUUGCCUUCCGACGAGGAUGAAUAUUUCUUACAGAAGAGCGGAUACAGCAAGCGAUUUAUUGAUAGUUUACCAGAUUUAGAAGAGUUAGAAUCUAAAUUAAAUGCUUAUUAUGCCCUUGAGAAGGACAAUAAACGCAAGGAGCGCAGCGAGAGCCCCCCCAAGCGUUCGUUGCUCGACUCGCCGUCCCCGACGCGCGAACAAAAGGCGCGGCAGGCGGUGGCGGAGGCGGCGGCGGCGUCGGCGGGCGGUGCCCAAAAGUGGAAGAUGCAGAUCGGUCCGGGCACCUCGGGCAAUUCCAGGUUCAAGAAGAAGCAGCCCGAGAGGCAGCAAUCGACGUCGGAGUGGGGCGCCGAGCAGGACAAGCACGGCAAAAACGGUGGUCCAUUGGACGAUUCGCCGCCGCCCAUGCCGAAAAAGUCCGCCUUCCCGCCCAUGCCGCCAACCGAGAAAUCGUCAAACGUUCGCAAAACGAUGUCGAAAAUGGAGCCGCCGCCUAAGCGGCCGGACUCGCCGAAAAAGAUGAAAAUGCCCGCCCCGCCGGCCAUGAACAAAAUCCCCCAAGGUCAGGUGGUGUUGGACAAGUUCGGCAACUUCCGGCUGAUGACGCCGCCCGAGAUCAAGAAGGCGGCGGGAGAGGCCGCCUCGCAUCUGCCUCCAGGUCGCCGCCCACCAGAGCCGCCCGGCCGCCCGCGCUCCGACUCUCGCUCGCCCAAACGGCGAUCGCGCAGUCGCAGCUCGCGUCGCUCUCGCUCGUCGAGCGGCUCGCGCAGCCGUUCGCGCAGCUACGGCAGCCGCUCGAGGAGCUAUUACAGCCGGUCGCGCAGCCGCAGCGGCUCGUACUAUUCGAGAUCGAGGUCGAGGUCGCGCAGUUAUUCUGGCGACAGGCGGCGGUACAGGAGCCGUGGAGGAUUCCGGGGCAGAUACAACGACAGAGGCACCUACUACAAGCCGAGGUUCCAGAACCCGAGGCACAACGGGCCGAGAGGUCGCGGCGGGUACUACAACAAUCGCGACUCGCGGUACGGCGAUAGGGACUUUAGGGGCGGCAGGGGCAGGCCGUUCCAGAAUAGGGGCAGAAGGCCGAGGGGCAGGUUCGCCAGGGGUGGCUACAGGGACUACAGAGACAGGAGGACUUUCAGGUACGACAGAAGCAGGUCGAGGGACAGAGACCGCAGCCGGUCGUACAGCGGCAGCCGUUCGGAGGGCGAUCGCUCGCCCAAACGGGACAGAUCCGCCGAUAAGGAGAAGGUGAACAAGUACGCGGACGGCGAGGCGCCCGUCAGACACGACGGGCCGCUCAGCGAGGGCGAGGACAGGGACGAUUACAGUUCGGCGGCGGCGGCUGGGGCGGCUGCGGGGGCAGGUGCUGCUGAUACCAGUAAGUUAGUUGAUAGAGACGCUUUUGCUGGAAAGUGGGCGGACAAAGAGGAGGACAAAGAAGCCUCUGGUUCUAAAGAUCCCAUACCAUCGGAAACGAACAUCGAGGAGAUGGACAAGUUCCUGGACAAGGUGAAAAAGGACAAGAAGGAGGAGAUGCUGGAGAGGAAUAAGGAUUUAUUGAAAAAUAAAACUUGAUCUGCUCGGAAGUUUUAAAGUGAAAAGUGUUUUUUUAACAUUGCAUAGACUUUCUCCUGUUCCAAAACUGCGUGUUUUAGAAGUUUUAGGUUUGCUGAAAGCAGUUAUAAUCAUUAAUAUCAUUACUUUAAUCUAUGAUACAAUUAUUAUUCAUGUUCACAGUUGUAAAAUAUAUAAUUUGUAUUCAGUGAUCAAUUAC